AUGAGGAUAACAACUUUGAUUGAACUGAUUGAGCUAGGUUCGUUCGAAUUGUUCGGUUUAUUGAGGCCAAUAAAGUGUUAUAGUGUUGGGGUUUGUGGUAGUGGUGCCGCUGUUGUGGGUAUUGAUGAUUCUAAUUAUUCAGCAGUUGGGCAUGAUACAGAGUUUUUGAAUGUUGAUGAUGAUGAGGUAGCUGGAGCAGAUGACGAGGGUAUGCCUAGUGCUGAAGAAACCCGCUAUCUUGAGAACAGUGGAUGGUCUUCUCGUACCAGAGCUGUUGCCAAGUACCUCCAAACCUUGUUUGAUAAUGAAGCAGAGCGUGGAAGGAAGGUUGUUCCCAUGGACAACCUGUUAGCCGGUAAAACUCGUAAGGAGGCGUCGAGGAUGUUUUUUGAAGCAUUGGUUCUUAAAACACGAGAUUACAUCCAUGUAGAGCAGGAGAAUCCCUUUGAUAACAUCAGUAUAAAGCCUCGCGUAAAGCUUAUGAAAUCAGAUUUCUGAUUUCUCACAUAGGAAAGUCGUGCAUGGAUGCAACAAACGAGGGCUACUUGGGGUAUAAGUUAUCUAUGGGUCCAUUCUUUUCGGAGUUAUGCUUUAAUAGGUCACAUAAUUUGUUUUUUUAGAUAGUUUUAAUCUGUGGGGCUGAGUGAAGCUUGUAUCACUAAGUAUGGUAGGGUUAGUGUUGUAAUAUGGGUCAUAUUUAUCUGUAUAUAUUCUGUAACUGUAGUUGAGGCUAACCUCAUUCGUUCCAAUGUUGUAUUAGUUGAAUUAGUUCGGACCUGAUUUUCUAUGCUGUGAAUUGAGCAUUAUGGAAAAAACUCCCUGUAGUGGGUUGUACUUUUUUAUGGUGCAUGAGUUACCAUGAAAGAUUAAGGAAAAACGUAUGGGGAGGAGAUGCAGAUCCUUGAACUGCGUGUAUCCCUGAAUUCUUUAUCUAUUUAAAGGC